GGCGGAGCCAGCAGUUGCCGCGGUCAAGCCUGUCUCUGAUGUUGACCUGCUGUUUGGUUUAGAUGAUGACCUGGCCUCGCCACAGCCCAUGCCAGAGAUCGAAAUAAGUCACCAAGAUAUUCUGGACUUUGCAGACCCAGCUCCAACAACAGAAGACCCAAAAGUAAAUAUUCUGUCAACCAGUGUUUGUCCCUGUGCUCUAAUGGCCCACUGUCACCCCAUGUUUGUCCCUGUGCUCAAAUGGCCCACUGUCACCCCAUGUUUGUCCCUGUGCUCUAUGUUGUUCGUCCGUCGAAGUCGACAAGGACCAUCGAAUCAUCCGGUUAGGGGCGGGCGGGGGGGUGGGAUUACGGUGAGCUCUUAGGUGGCUUGUUAGACCGAUCCUUGCUCGAUCCUUGCUCGGAAUAAUCUAUGACACCAUGUUUGUCCCUGUGCUCUAAUGGCACACUGUUAACCCAUGUGCCCAUUGCCACCCCAUGUUUGUCCCUGUGCUCUAAUGGCCCACUGUCACCCCAUGUUUGUCCCUGUGCUCUAAUGGCCCACUGUUACCCCAUGUUUGUCCCUGUGCUCUAAUGGCCCACUGUCACCCCAUGUUUGUCCCUGUGCUCUAAUGGCCUACUGUCAACCCAUGUUUGUCCCUGUGCUCUAAUGGCCCACUGUUACCCCAUGUUUGUCCCUGAUCUCUAAUGGCCCACUGUCACCCCAUGGUUGGCCCUGUGCUCUAAUGGCUCACUGUUACCCCAUAUUUGUCCUUGUGCUUUAAUGGCCCACUGUCACCCCGUGUUUGUCCCUGUGCUCUAAUGGCCCACUGCCACCCAAUGUUUGUCCCUGUGCUCUAAUGGCCCACUGUCACCCCGUGUUUGUCCCUGUGCUCUAAUGGCCUACUGUCACCCCGUGUCUGUCCCUGUGCUCUAAUGGCCCACUGUCACCCCAUGUUUGUCCCUGUGCUCUAAUGGCCUACUGUCACCCCAUGUUUGUCCCUGUGCUCUAAUGGCCCACUGUUACCCCAUGUUUGUCCCUGAUCUCUAAUGGCCCACUGUCACCCCAUGGUUGGCCCUGUGCUCUAAUGGCUCACUGUUACCCCAUAUUUACUCUAAUGGCCCACUGUCACCCCAUGUUUGGCCCUGUGCUCUAAUGGCUCACUGUCACCCCAUGUUUGUCCUUGUGCUCUAAUGGCCCACUGUCACCCCAUGUUUGUCCCUGUGCUCUAAUGGCCCACUGUCACCCCAUGUUUGUCCCUGUGCUCUAAUGGCCCACUGUCACCCCGUGUUUGUCCCUGUGCUCUAAUGGUCUACUGUCACCCCGUGUUUGUCCCUGUGCUCUAAUGGCCCACUGUUACCCCAUGUUUGUCCCUGAUCUCUAAUGGCCCACUGUCACCCCAUGGUUGGCCCUGUGCUCUAAUGGCCUACUGUCACCCCAUGUUUGUCCAUGUGCUCUAAUGGCCCACUGUCACCCCAUGUUUGUCCCUGUGCUCUAAUGGCCCACUGUCACCCAAUGUUUGUCUCUGUGCUCUAAUGGCACACUGUUAACCCAUGUGCCCAUUGCCACCCCAUGUUUGGCCCUGUGUUCUAAUGGCCCACUGUUACCCCAUGUUUGUCCCUGUGCUCUAAUGGCCCACUGUCACCCAUGGUUGGCCCUGUGCUCUAAUGGCCCACUGUCACCCCAUGUUUGUCCAUGUGCUCUAAUGGCCCACUGUCACCCAAUGUUUGUCCCUGUGCUCUAAUGGCACACUGUUAACCCAUGUGCCCAUUGCCACCCCAUGUUUGGCCCUGUGUUCUAAUGGGCCACUGUUACCCCAUGUUUGUCCCUGUGCUCUAAUGGCCCACUGUCACCCCAUGUUUGUCCCUGUGCUCUAAUGGCACACAGGAAAUUUGUUAACCCUUUGAUGUUAGUUUCAAACAGUUCAGCUGGCCUUUAAAGGUGGGUCUCAUGUCCAGGUACCAAUGGCCAUACACAAGCCAAAUGGUUUGACAGUAGGGUAUCCAUGUCCAGGUACCCAGUUUUCAUCCACAGGUCAAGAUGUUUGACAGUAGGGUAUCCAUGUCUAGGUACCCAGUGGUCAUCCAUUGGUCAAAUGGUUUGACCAUAGGGUAUUCAUGUUCAAUAGAUUGUUGUCUCUUUAUUAAAGUGUUCAUUAUAGAUAAAUAAUAACAGAUGUAAAAAAUAGAUGUAUGUUUAGUGAGAAUGAGACAAGAUGUACAUAUGGUUAACAGAAAUUUGAUCGAAAGAAAUUUCGUCGAUGGUAAAUUGAUUGAUGGAAAUUUGAUAAAACUGAAAUUUGGUUGAAUCUUUUUUUCAGUUCACGCAUUAAAAUUUUCGUCAAAAUUUCUUUUGCAACGUACUAUACUUUAUAGUAAAACAAAAUAAUGCGUUCGAAAAGAAAUUUGAACCAAAAUUUUAACAUAAAAACUGAAAAAAAGUUUCGACCGAAUUUUUGUUCGAUCAAAUAACAGUUGAUCAAUUUACCGUCGAUGUAAUUUCUUUUUAUCAAAUUUCCGUUACAUGUACAAAUAGUUGUAGACAGAAUGAGACAAGUUGUUCGUGUAGAUGUAAUGAGAAGUGCUUAUGUAUGUAAAUAUACUAAUCAGCAAGUCAUGUUUUCUAACAUUCAACAUAUUUUAUUGACUUCCAGUCCUGUUAUGCACCACUAGUUCAACAUGUCAGUGUCUCAUUUCACAGGUGCCAACCAUGGACACUGAUGACGCCUUUGAGGACUCUUUUGUCAUCAUCGGCAAGGACCUGGCCGAGGAAGCCCACGAGCGGGAGGGGAAGAAAGCAGAUGAAAAGAAAGAUGAGGUGAACACAGAUAAAACUGAGAAGGAGGAAAUGGAGGUGUCCAUUACAGAGGACAGGGUAAUUCAAUAUUCCAUUAUGCCUGGAAUGAAUGAGUUCUCAGAGGCUAAUAUGGCUUUGAUGUUUAAAAAAUUAGUUUUUUUUUCAAAAAAUCAUUAGAACCUGCUGGCAUUACAUGAAGACAGCGUAUCUGUUUAAUGGGAAACAACCUUUGAUUAUACUAGAACUACAACAUGAAGAAAUGAAAGAAAAGAAUAAUCGGGCUGGUUUCCCCUUGGCCAGAUAUACCUAUUUAUCGGCGUAUAAUACGCACCGGCGCAUAAAAGGCACCUCAUUUUAAGAAGGAAAUUUCAGGGGAAAAAAUGUAAAAUUCUAUCGGCGUAAAGCACGCACACAUCAUUUGCCCCCUAUUUUCAGGGAGAAAAAGUGCGUGUUAUACGCCGAUAAAUACGGUAGUUAUUUUAUUAUUAUUGCUCCUAUAAAAUGACGCCUGUUCCCCAGCCUUCAGAUUCUUUAACUUUUAAAUUCACUCUUGUGAAUGAUGGAUUUUUAGUGUAAAUUACAUAUCCAGGUGUUGUUAACGUAUUUAACCAAAUGUUGUUUAAUUGUUGUACAGACGUUUUUGCUCAAGCAGCACAUGCUUGUGCACUUGCUUUGAGAUUAUAUAAAUAUGGGGGGGGGGAGGGGGGGGGGAGUCAGUCACGCAAGGUGACAAGUGUUUUAAAACAACAAUGCUGAAAUGUGUUCAGUGGGCAAAGAAGUUUGAGAAUGGCUGUGUCAUUGUAAAGAACCAUUUGAUUUUUUUUUAAAAAGAAAGAAAGAAAAAGAAAUGAAAUUUACAGAAAUUUAAUGAUUGAGUCGACAAUGAUAAGUCUCGGACAAGACUUGGCGGACCUCCGAUUUUUUUUUAAAAACCCAUCUUCUUGUAAGAGAAAUAAUCCCCCGUUGACGUGAUGCUUUUCUCAAUCCUCAGGUUGAUGGAAUGCCCAGGGGAAGCACUGGUGAUGACGGCAUUGAUUUCUCUAUUCUUGCCGUAAGUCUGUUAGAUUCUAAAUUUUUCUGUUCUACACAUGCAUAUUUUGGAUUCUUUUGACUUGAUGCUAGAGCUGGGCAUGAAUCAAAAAAUGAGUUAACCCAAGUCUCACUGAGGGGUUAACAUUUUUGUUAACAUUUUAGCUAAGAGAUUAUUUAUUUUUUUAACAAUGUUUUAUUAAGUUAAGACAGGAUCCUGGAACCUUAAAUAUUUUGCAGAAAUGGUUAUGUUUAAAUUAAAUUUAAGUUGCGUUAAACAUUAUGGCUGCUACUUUGGUACAAUUAAUAUAAUAAAUGCGAAUCAAAAGUUUUAAAUUUUUUAUUUUUUUUUAAAGGGGGAUAACUCUAACAAAUUAGUGUUGUUUUCAUGUGGGCGCUUCAAUUUUUUAAACUAGAUCAAAAGUUUAAAAUUUGGCCAUUUGCCAUGAAAACGUUCCUGACCCCUGGGUUAACACAUGGGAAAUGUGAUUUGAUAAGGUAUUUCAGUGAGAAUGCACCGCUUAGAGGUGAUGGUAAAGACCAAAAGGUAUUGCAGUAAGAAUGUACCGCUGAGAGCUUAUGGUAAAUGUCGAAAGGUAUUUCAUUUAGAAUGUACAGCUGAGAGGUUAUGGUAAAAAAUCAAAUGGUAUUGCAGUUUAAAUGUACUGCUGAGAGGUUAUGGUAAACAUCCAAAGGUUUUAUUCUAAUAUCUAAUUGCAUCUUUCCUCUAUUGUUUGUGUUGACCUCUCAUUUAUUUAUUUAUUUUUAAGCUGCCAGGGACAGAACAUUUGAACUUUGAUCUGUCCAAACACAAGCGGUCAUUAAGUCAGAAGGGAUCCAUUGCUCGCAGGAAGAGGCCAACACGCGCGGCCAUCCAAGGAGGGGAUGAUGUUGACAGAAUUUACAUUGAUUCAACAGGUAGGUCAGCAGGUGAACCGGAGAUCACCACUGAGAACCUCUCUCUGGUAGUUUGGGCUAUGAGCUCUCAAGCUUAAUGCUACCUUAAAGUCAUUCACCUCAACUGUGAGAACCCUUGGCUGGUAAUCCCUGCUAUGGCCGUUCAAGCCCAAUCCUAUAAGAUACCGGUCAGUCCUUUACUCACUUUCUAGUUAGGGUUCCGGAAAACAUCAAUGUCCUUUUAUCCAAAUGUUAAUGACAAGUAUUGCAACUAAAUGCAAGAUCUUUGUCUUUAGAAUACACCAGAAUCAUUUGAAACCAUCCCAAUGCUGAACUUACAAUUUGAAAAUUUACACCAUAAAAAUCAGCUGAGAUAUCUAAGAAAAUUUCUAGCAUUAAAAAUUUUGACUUGAGUGCGUGCCACUUUGUUAGCUAAGUUUAUCCUAUUAAAAAUUCUCCUCAGAACCCAGGCUACCGAGAUCCCCCCUGGCAAGUGAUGAUAUGACUGAUGGUCUGUCCAGUUCCAAAGUUGAGGAGCCACACAAAGCCAAGCAGGAAGAGGAGUCACCCAAGGACUCGACCAAAAAGUUUAGCGGGGGAGUCAAGAUUCCAGGACUUUUGGAGGGGCUCAGUAAAUCCAAGGUAGACCCUCGUGGCUGUUGCUGGGAUAUGGUGGGAGACAACUUGAUUUAAAGUUGCCAGGAAGUCUAGCAAAUCCUUUUUUUAAAUUUCUCCUAUUGUAAAAAUAUUUUAUAACCACAUUUUGUUUGUGUAACAAGAUUGUUUCAUAAGUUUUCCUUGAUUUUAACAGGUUUUUUCCAAGACCGAGAAGUCAGACCCUGAGUCGGGGGUGAAAACCCAAGGCUCAAAGGUCCCCGUCCCCACUGCCAGGACAUCUGCUCCGGCGGACAGCACAUCUAGUCCCCCCACUCGUCCCAAGCCUGUCGUACUCCCCCGCGUGUUGCCCAGCAUUAUCCCAAAAUCCACCAGCAAGACUCUGAAAGAUUCCCAGAACCACAGCACUGCCGGAGAAUCAGGUCCGGUCAAACCACUCUUGGGGUCACACACAGAUGUGAAACUAACAACCACCCCAGAAAAACCAUCAAGAGAUUUUAAAUUGACUCCUCCACUUGGUGUUAGUAGAGUGCUACCUUCUAAACCAGACUUUCAUACCGCUGGCACCCUUCCUGUGCAGACACCGCCAAAACCUCCAGCCAAAGUUCCUCCCCCUGUGCCGAGUAAGCCAUUGGCUCCCAUGAAGCCGGUGAGAUCCGGUUUAUACGGUUCUGCGUCUUUCAGCGCUGCCGACAGACAUUCCUCCACCUUCAACAGAAAGACUGUCGUGCCUUCUCUUGCUCAAAAGAACGAAGACAGCCUUUUACCCGACACAACAGACUCGUCAAAGGCGCAGAACUCUGCUGAAAGUAAGACAAAUGCCUUGUCAUUUGCAGAGAAAAGCAGCUCGCCAUAUUCCCCACUCACAAAUAAACCCACAAACACAGAUGUUUCCACGUCUUCAAGGAUACCGCUAUCUGAAUCAGAAAGCACCAGAACCACUGGCAUCGCCAGAGCGUCAUCGUUACGAACAAACACGAUUGGAUACUUGGACAGGCUUAAAUUUAGGCCCGGUGAAGGUUCACAUAAUUUGGAGAGAAAGAAAACCGAAAGCUUCGAGGAUGCCAUCGAUGUCCUCAACUCUGCAAAUAAAAACAGUUCUGAACCAGGGGCUGUGUUAACUGCGGGAAAAUCCGAAAGUGGGGACGGAGCCAAAGAUGAGAUUGUGGUUCUCAGAAAGUCAAGCAUCAGUGGCGUCUCAUCAGUCAAGUCUCCAUCCAUUAACGACAAAAGCCAGUCCAGCAUCGCGCCCAGGCGCGGUAGUUUCACCGGCAGUGCUUAUAAUCCCAUUGGCUUUCGGUCCACCGUCGGCGGUGUUGACGGUGAGGCCAGCAAGUCACGGGGAAACUCUGUGUCCAGUAAUGAAGAAGCGGCCGUAAAUUCUACAAAGUCUGCAUCCGUAUCCGAGACCAAACCUUCCGUUACCUCAGAGUCGUUAGCCAAAUCUACACCGGUCGUGGAAACUAACCCUACUGUAGCGUCCAUGACUUUAAACAAGUCUUCAUUCAUCAUGGAAACCAAACCUGCAUUGAUCACUGAGAAUUCAAGCAAGUCCUCAUCUCUUACUGAAAGCAAACAUUCCAUCACCACUGUGACUCCAACCAAACCUGCAUCAGGUGCGGACUCAAGACAUGCCCACGAUUCUUUCAGCAGCUCAGACAGCCCGAGAACAAUGCCCAUUCCCAGCGUCCAUUUGAAGACAAGUGCUGAUAGGGGGAGCACAGGCUAUACAGGUCAGUCUGGUUGUCAUUUGCAGGCUGCCAAUACAUAUCUCUCAUCAUAAAAUCUAUGCAAGGCAGUUCCAUUUCACUUAUCAGUAAUUUUUCUUCAUGCCCCGUGUAAGCACUUGCCUGUAAUUAAAAGCUUAUGUUGCCUCUUACACAUCAGCUUGUGAAUAUAUAUUUUUUAAAUUAUUUACUGAUGGGUUACUACAAAAAAAAAAAAAAAUUCCAUUCAUUAAGGCAGUUGGUAGAUCCCGACUGGAUGGGGCGUCAUCAUUAAACUGGUUGGGGGAGUGGGGGGAGUUCCUUGUCAAUUAUUUAUGCUUCUGUUUAUUUAUAUGAAACUGGAAGUCACAAAGAGAUUUCUCGUAAGAUUUUCGUAACGAUUAAGAAUAAUCUUGAAAUCAAAUAAAAUUGUUUCGUAAAGAUGAGCUAACUAAAAUAUAAGACUUAUUGCUGUGAAGUUUCCUUGUCGUUUUUUCCCAACAGCCACAAGAAGCUCAAUCCUGUCAACUGUUUCCAGUGAGGACAAGAAAAAAGAGACAGCGGAUGAGACCAACAAGAACAUAAAGAACCAGACCAAAGACCUCAAGGACUACAACUCCUCACUGAAGGCCAAUGGCAAGGUUCCAGAGACUUCUGAGAAGGCGGUGACUUCAAAUGAAAAGGUUUCCCCUUGGAACGUUCGGUUAAGAAAAGUGGAGAAGAAGGUGACUAAAGUGGGCAGUGAAGGGUUCAAACCUGACAUGUUGUUGGCCCCUACUUAUACAUUAUUCCUGGUGGCCUCCAUAGCAGAGAAAUGUUCUGUGUUGCUCGACAGCAGACAAUAAGAACACUGUCAAUUAUAGCACGAUCAUAACGCUAAAGUUUAUAAUUCUGAAUAUCAGAACACUGACAAUCAAAAUACCUACAAUCGACAUAACACUAAUAAUCAUAGCACUUACAAUCAUGACACAGUCAUAACACUGACAAUCAUACCACUGACAAUCAUAACACAAUCAUAAAAAUGAUAAUUAUAAUAAUUACAAUCAUAACACAAUAAUAUCACUAUCAGUCAUAACACUUUCAAUCAUAGCACUUACAAUCAUUGAUAAUUAUAAUACUGACAAACAUAACUGAUAAUCCUAUACUGACAAUCAGCACUGGUAUGAAUCCUGUCAGAAGACGCCCAUGUUAACAAAUGAGGAUAUGAUCAAGGAAUAGCAAAUAAUUAAGUAUCCAAGUUCACCAAAUGUUGCCUUAUACUGAAGUAUGAAGCAUCUAUAUCCUCACAAAUUCUCAACAGUUGUAUUGUUACAAACUCUGUGUUGUUCUCAACAGUUCUAUUGUUACAAACUCUGUGUUGUUCUCAGCAGUUCUAUUGUUACAAACUCUGUGUUGUUCUCAACAGUUCUAUUGUUACAAACUCUGUGUUGUUCUCAACAGCUCUAUUGUUACAAACUCUGUGUUGUUCUCAACAGUUCUAUUGUUACAAACUCUGUGUUGUUCUCAACAGUUCUAUUGUUACAAACUCUGUGUUGUUCUCAGCAGUUCUAUUGUUACAAACUCUGUGUUGUUCUCAGCAGUUCUAUUGUUACAAACUUUGUGUUGUUCUCAACAGUUCUAUUGUUACAAACUUUGUGUUGUUCUCAGCAGUUCUAUUGUUACAAACUCUGUGUUGUUCUCAGCAGUUCUAUUGUUACAAAGUCUGUGUUGUUCUCAACAGUUCUUUUGUUACAAACUCUGUGUUGUUCUAAUUAAGAUCAAUACUCUUAUGAGGUCGAGAUUCUAUCUCUUAGGACCUCGGCCAUGAGACAUGGCCUAGUAGUCCCUGAGGACUCCAGCCAUGAGACAUGGCCUAGUAGUCCCUGUGGACUCCGGCCAUGAGACAUGGCCUAGUAGUCCCUGUGGACUCCGGCCAUGAGACAUGGCCUAGUAGUCCCUGUGGACUCCGGCCAUGAGACAUGACCUAGUAGUCCCUGUGGACUCCGGCCAUGAGACAUGGCCUAGUAGUCCCUGAGGACUCCAGCCAUGAGACAUGGCCUAGUAGUCCCUGUGGACUCCAGCCAUGCAAAACGGUCUCGAGUAAAAUGGUGUUCUGGGCAGUUUGCUUCCACUCACCAGGGGACAGUUUUGCGUCACCACCCCCGGUGCUCAUUGAGUCAUGCGGUCUGGACGUUGGGUUUGGAACGGCUUUGCUUCCUCUCCGGGGAUGGUGUUGUGUUACCUCACCCCACUGUCCAGGGAGCCGUGCGUUCCUUGGUGUGGCACGGCUUUACCUCCACUCCGGGAGUAGUCUCAAGCUUAACUUUAUCCCACCGUUCCUGGGAGUUGUGUGGACGUGGGUCAAGACGGCUUUACUUCCUCUCCUGGGGAGGUGUUGCGUUACCUCGCCCCACCGCUUCGGGAGUAGUUCGGACGGGACUUUGUCGGGACGAAACGGUCGCCUAGGAGCGGCUUUCUCAAGGCCCCAUGUUUUUAAUCCUCAGCAAGGGUUUUAAAAACCCAAGCCUCAUAUCCAUUAUCGGCGACACGUAAUCAUGUUAGCGCGCAACUUUCGUUGUGUGAAAAGUCAUGCGUUUUGCUUGGAUCAAUUAGCUUCAGGAGUCACCUCCCUACUAAUCUUCCACACCACGCAGAGGUAAGAUCCGUGUGACACCGCCGAGAGCAUGGCGAUGUGAGUUUUCCCUCAUUCUAGCGCCAGCUGUCCUGAGGGAAAACGUUGUUCUCAACAGUUCUAUUGUUACAAAUUCUGUAUUGUUCUCAACAGUUCUAUUGUUACAAACUCUGUGUUGUUCUCAACAGUUCUAUUGUUACAAACUCUGUGUUGUUCUCAACAGUUCUAUUGUUACAAACUCUGUGUUGUUCUCAACAGCUCUAUUGUUACAAACUCGGUGUUAUUCUCAACAGUUCUAUUGUUACAAACUCUGUGUUGUUCUCAACAGUUCUAUUGUUACAAACUCUGUGUUGUUCUCAACAGUUCUAUUGUUACAAACUUUGUGUUGUUCUCAACAGUUCUAUUGUUACAAACUUUGUGUUGUUCUCAGCAGUUCUAUUGUUACAAACUCUGUGUUGUUCUCAGCAGUUCUAUUGUUGCAAACUCUGUAUUGUUCUCAGCAGUUCUAUUGUUACAAACUUUGUGUUGUUCUCAGCAGUUCUAUUGUUACAAACUCUGUGUUGUUCUCAGCAGUUCUAUUGUUGCAAACUCUGUGUUUUUCUCAGCAGUUCUAUUGUUACAAACUUUGUGUUUUUCUCAGCAGUUCUAUUGUUACAAACUCUGUGUUGUUCUCAGCAGUUCUAUUGUUACAAACUCUGUGUUUUUCUCAGCAGUUCUAUUGUUACAAACUCUGUGUUGUUCUUAGCAGUUCUAUUGUUGCAAACUCUGUGUUGUUCUCAGCAGUUCUAUUGUUACAAACUUUGUGUUGUUCUCAACAGUUCUAUUGUUACAAACUCUGUGUUGUUCUCAGCAGUUCUAUUGUUGCAAACUCUGUGUUGUUCUCAACAGUUCUAUUGUUACAAACUUUGUGUUGUUCUCAGCAGUUCUAUUGUUACAAACUCUGUGUUGUUCUCAGCAGUUCUAUUGUUACAAACUUUGUGUUGUUCUCAACAGUUCUAUUUUUACAAACUAUGUGCUGUUCUCUUGUCACAAUUUCUCAGCAGCUCUGGACUAACAUUAUUCCAAGCAAAAUCUUGUUUAAAACUCUCAGCUGAUUUACUGCUUGGAUAUUCUGAAUACCAGUAUUGUUGUUGAUGAUAAUGUUGUCAUUAUGUGGUCAAGAAUUCUGUCAUUCUAAUGUUACUAAUUCUAUGUCAUUCUAGUGUUACAAAUUCUCUCAUUAUUUUUUUACAAAUUCAAUGUUCUAUUGUUACAAAUUCUAUGUCAUUCUUGUUACAAGUCCAUGUUCUUUUGGUGUUAUAAAUUAAAUGUAGUUCUAUUGUUGCAAACUCUGUGUUACUCUGAUGAUACAAUUUCUUUGUUACUCUGCAAUUGUAAAUUCUGUGUUUUUCUGAUGUUUCGAUUUCUGCUCCACAGGAAAAGACCCCUGAACCUGAAACAAUUAAAAAUGAAAACCUUUUGUCAAGCGUUGAUUGGAGGCAGCAGAUGGCUCAGAAACGACGAAGUGUGGCUUCACCAAAAGGUCAGUCUGUGGAAAUGUAAGACUCUUGAAACAUUGAAAACGACAUCUGGGCAUUGGUGGCAGGGAGAUGAUUUCUUGACCACUUUCUGCCAGCUCCAGUAUUCUGGUCAAAGAAAUUCUCGUAACCAAACUACUACAUUUGCCACUACUUUUGUCUUCACCAAACUACUACAUUUGCAGCUACUUCUACCUUCCCCACUACUACUACAAAGUAUCCAUAAGUCAUUAUUUCUGCCUGUGUGGGCCACAGUAUCCUUAAGUCUUUAUUUCUGCCUGUGUGGGCCACAGUAUCCUUAAGUCUUUAUUUCUGCCUGUGUGGGCCACAGUAUACAUAAGCCUUUAUUUCUGCCUGUGUGGGCCUCAGUAUCCUUAAGUCUUUAUUUCUGCCUGUUUGGGCCACAGUAUCCUUAAGUCUUUAUUUCUGCCUGUGUGGGCCUCAGUAUCCUUAAGUCUUUAUUUCUGCCUGUGUGGGCCUCAGUAUCCUUAAGUCUUUAUUUCUGCCUGUGUGGGCCACAGUAUACAUAAGCCUUUAUUUCUGCCUGUUUGGGCCACAGUAUCCUUAAGUCUUUAUUUCUGCCUGUGUGGGCCUCAGUAUCCUUAAGUCUUUAUUUCUGCCUGUGUGGGCCUCAGUAUCCUUAAGUCUUUAUUUCUCCCUGUGUGGGCCUCAGUAUUCUUAAGUCUUUAUUUCUGCCUGUGUGGGCCUCAGUAUCCUUAAGUCUUUAUUUCUGCCUGUGUGGGCCUCAGUAUCCUUAAGUCUUUAUUUCUGCCUGUGUGGGCCUCAGUAUCCUUAAGUCUUUAUUUCUGCCUGUGUGGGCCUCAGUAUCCUUAAGUCUUUAUUUCUGCCUGUGUGGGCCACAGUAUACAUAAGCCUUUAUUUCUGCCUGUGUGGGCCUCAGUAUCCUUAAGUCUUUAUUUCUGCCUGUGUGGGCCACAGUAUACAUAAGCCUUUAUUUCUGCCUGUGUGGGCCUCAGUAUCCUUAAGUCUUUAUUUCUGCCUGUGUGGGCCUCAGUAUCCUUAAGUCUUUAUUUCUGCCUGUGUGGGCCUCAGUAUCCAUAAGUCUUUAUUUCUGCCUGCGUGAGCCUCAGUAUCCUUAAGUCUUUAUUUCUGCCUGUUUGGGCCACAGUAUACAUAAGCCUUUAUUUCUUUCUGUGUGGGGUACAAUUUUAUCUCCAUCUCAUUUAUUAGUUUGAAACACAUAAAUUCAAAUAUUUCUAUUUCUUACAUGCAUUACAGAUCAAAUAAUCUUCAUUUAAAUUUAUUUAAAUAGUUAUGAAAUUUCUGUCACCAAUCUAUAUUACGUCAUCAUCCGUUCUCCAGUUCACUGAUAAUAGGCUACUGCUAAUAGCUAUUAAUUAGUGCUAUGUGACAAUGUUACCAUGGUUCGUUUAUUAUUUCUGUCUAGGCUUUGCCCUAUCAGGUUUGGUGAUGAUCUUCCUAGAGUUAAUUUAUUCUUAUUUAUUAAACACCGAAAGACACUUUUAAACCUCGGCCAAAACGAAAAUGAAGAUCGAACCAAGCUCAAAUUAACCUAUCACCCUCAAAAUUUGACAGCCAAAAUACUAUUCAUAAAGAAUCAUAAUAUACUUCUUGCUGACCCAGACACUAAACAGGGUAUUCUCAUCCCCUCCACGAAUUGUCUUCAGACGGGACAAAAACCGAGGUGACCUUCUGGUUCAUAGUCACCUCCGAGCUGACCCGUCUUACUUUGGGACACUAUACCAUGCUCAAGAAGCCGAUGUAGGACGUGUCCUUGAACACUCUAAACAAAAAAAAAUUAGCCUCUCUUAAGGUACCUUUACCAUCAAAGAGGUUUCACAUGCGUUAGUUGUAACGUGAUAUAUGUGAUUGUGUGCUGUAGAUGCCAUUCUAGUUAUAUGGGCGAAACUGGGAGAAGAUUCGCAGAUAUGUUCACAGAACAUCUUCGGGAUAUUGAACAAGGUAAACGGAGGGCAACAUAAAGUUCCAUUAGAUGUAUCCAUUACAGCACUAAUUUCUUGCACAAACACACCAGAGAGAGUGAAAAUGGAAAACAAAUUCAGCUUUUCGGCACCAUAUCUCCACAUGGUAUGAAUCAAAUACUCUCUUACUAAUGUUUCUCAAUGUCCCUGUAUUUCUUCUUUUUUUCUUAUUCCUUGCAUUUUAUGUAUACCUAAAUAUUUUGGUCCCUUAAGAUUCUCUACCUUAUUUUUCACAGUACCAAUAUUUAAUUUCUUUUUCACUUCCUUCUUCACUUUUUGUACUGUGCUCUUUUACUUGUCAUACUUCUUUUUGUCUUGUUUGCUGACGAAGGCUCUAAGCUGAAACGUCCAAAUCUUUUGUCCUGUCUAUUAAUUCAAGUUUAGCUUACCUUGUUCUUAUAUUCCAUUUUUGCACUAUCAGGUUUAGUUGAGCCAGAGAAGCCUAAACAGGACAGCACCCCAGAGUGGGCCAGAGCUUCCAUACACAGGAGACAGAGGUUGAUAGGUCAGUCUUCGUAUUGAUCACAAACAUCACUGUUAUGUGUGUCCUGUCCAAUUAAAAAAUAGUCUUUAUAAACUUCUUUUUUCAAAUCUCCACCACUUUGUGUACAUUUUCUUUGAGAUUAUGUUUUUAAUAAUGUAAUAGAGAGAAGAUUUGUUAACAUUAAAUUUAAAAAAAUGUUUGUUAGUAUAAUAUUGAACAUUUUUAAAUUGUAAGACAAUGUAAUUAUUAUUUUACUGUAUGUGACACUAAUAAUUAUUCUUUAUCUAUAUCAUCUGGUUAUAUUUUCUAACAAAGAAUUAUUUUUUUUUUUACUUAACUGUGAUACAUUCAAUAAAAAAAAAAUUAUUACUUUGAUAAUCUUAAUUUUGACAUUCUAUUUUUUUUUUUUUAAGAGUCUGGAAUUAUCAAAGCUGAAGGCCAAUGAAAAAAACCCCCACAGAAUAUCACAAGAGGAGGUAACUAGUGCUCACAGCAUUUCUGUUUUAAAUGGACCAUCAUUUUGUAUGGUUUUCCUGCCCUUCAGCAAUGGAAGAACUUUGGUUCUCAGCGGAUUCAUUAAAUUCUACAUAGCUAUAGUACAGCAGUACAUUUUAAGAUGGGAUCAAUUUUUUUUCUCGGUGCAAAAAAUAAAUAUUUGGAGCAGUUUUGUGUGGUUUUUUUUUUUUAAAUUAAUACUUAAGGUUUUGUUGACACUGUAUCAAUUUAGUGAGAACAAUCCUAAUUCACCAGAGAUAUGUUGUUAUCGGUUUGAGGGAGACACUGUGUCUUUGACAAUUUCCAUUUGCUGAUGUAAAAGUUUAUUUCAAAAUUUCAUGCACUUUAUUUUCAACCUUAACUGAAAUUAUGUGCUAUUGCUGUUGAUGCAAAUUUUAAAAUUGAAUGAUAAUUAAUUUAAUAAUUGAGAAAUAAAUUAACAUAUGCAUUACAAAGAGGGGCUUCGAAACAAUGUCACAUUUAUCUGUCAAUGUGGGCAUAAUAAUUGUAAAAACAAAACUCUUCGACUCCUCAAAAAAAAUGCAGCAUGAAGUGAAUAACAAGAAUCACAAGUCCCUUAGAUGUUUGAGGUCGAAGGUUAAAUGCUCCCUGCAUAUAUUAAAAGGAUAUUUUUUCCUUAAACAAACAAACAAAAAAAAAAGAAAAAGAAAGAAAACUUACUUGUUGUUAUUCCAAUCAUUUUGUUUAAAAAAAAAUGUAUAUUCCAUCUGACAAAGCCAUUCAUCUGUUGUGAAUUUUAUGUAUUUAAUUGACAACUUUUUCACUGGCCACAAUGUGUAUUUGGCGCCAAUUUCAGAUGCAAGGUGUUGUUGUUCAUAGCAAUAUUUCAACCUCCUGUACCCGCCUUUGAUCAGAUGCUAUUUUGUGGAUCUAUUUUAAGAAUAUUUUCUCUAAAACAUGUAAAAACAAAUACUUUUUUUUAUAUACAUGUUAUUGAUAACGGUGUGUUUUUUUAAGUUACUAUAGGGCUUUUUUUAUAUAAAGGUUCGUUAGUAACAGUAAUGGGGUAUCAUAUCCAGAAAUUGAUUUUGUGUAUGUUAGAUACACUGGUAUUCAAAUUUUAAAGUUACUGGUCUUGUAACACUAGAGCUACCUGUCUUGUAAUAUUAGAAUUACUGAUCAUGUGACACCAGAGCUACUGUUCUUGUAAUAUUAAAGUUAUGGGUCUUUGUAAUAUAAGAGUUACUGGUCUUGUAAUAUUAGAGUUACUGGUCUUUUAAUAUUAGAGUUACUGGUCUUUUAAUAUUAGAGUUGCUGGUCUUGUAAUAUAAGUUACCUAUUAGCAAGAUGUUUUAAAAGUGGAUAGUUAUCUCUUUCUAUUUUGUUGUUGUGGAAAGAUCAAUUCCAUUGUUGAGUCUACAGAUCAUGAUGGCUUUUUGAAUUUUAUGUUAUUGAAAAGUAGGAUUCCAUAUCACUUGCUCAGAUUAUUUACCACAUGUUUACAUUUAUAGUAUUAUGUCAAAUGUAUUCAACAUAUAACCAUUGAUUCCCUCACCAGACUUCCACAUCUGUGAAAGGAAAAUGUUGCUGUUUAUUUAAAUUUUUUUUUUAAAGUAUGAAAAUAUUUAUUCAAAUCCCACAUAUUUCAAGAAGACACUUUGAAUCAUGUAACAAUCAGUUAACAAUUAUUUUUUUUUUUAGAUUUACUUCUUGUAUCUUAUCACAACUCUGAUAAGUUGCAUGUUAAAUAGUCUCUCCUGCUGCAAUCUUAAAUAAACAUAGAAAACAUUUCUCAUUACCUUAAAUUAAACCAUUCCUACCUUUAGGUGAACCCUUAAGUUUAAACAAAAUGUAAACUAUUCGUGUGAUGUUCCAGCAGAAAUACAAACUAAAAGUAUUUAUUGUUUACAGUAGUUCCCUUGAAGCACCAAUGGCCAUAUCACUCCUGCUCUCAGAGAUCAGUCAUUUUGUAGUCAACACCCAUAAAGUAGGCCCUAAUCAUCCCAUUGAUUUGUGAUCAGUUACAGUUUAAGCAGUUAAAAAUUGUGAGUCUCAAUCUGAAAGACUUAUUAUGUUAACAGAAGUCAUACAUUUUUGAUGAGCGUAAAAAUAUUUUUCUACUCUUUGGAUUUGACAGAACCAAGUUGUGAAUCUUUUAUAAAACUCUGCCUGUAUAUUUUCCAACGUUUAAAUUGUCCGUCCCUGCACCAGUGAAACCAUAUCUUUAUCUAUGUAUUGUAUUCUUCUAUAAAUGGUCAUUAAUGUUAUUGGGGGUCUUUUUUUUUUUUUUCAAGCAGCCCAAAAAUAUGUACUUCUGGUUGAUUUUUAUAUCUGACGUUUUCAACCGACCAAAGGCUGUUCAUUCUCUGCAGUGGUGUUGUUUUGAUUUUAUGGUGAAUAAUUUAAUUUUUUUAACAUUACUUUUUCAUAACGUAUUUUUAUUCAGGGAACUGUGUCUUAAUUGAUAUUUAACUCACAACAAGUUGUCUCCCAUUUACCACUUACGUUGGUUGAGGUUUCUGUAAAAAGUCUAUAGAACAAGUAUGCUCAACAUAGAUAUGUCCUUUCAUUGAGAAAAACAAGCUGAGAUGUGCAUUUUGAAGAAAUCCUGAUAAGUUUAAGCAGUAGGAGCUCCCCAUUUCGUCUUUUAGGUCAAAUUAAGUUAUGGAAAUGUUUAAGGGAGAUUAAGUAGUAUAUUUGUUUUAAGUCACAUCAAAUCAGGGAUUUGUUUUAGGUAAUAUUAAGUCAUGUACUUGAAUAUCAGUUUAAAAACAAAUUUAUUGUCUAAGAUACUUCGAAGUUUCAAGGCACAAUUUUUUCAUUUGUUCUAUUUAUUAAACCACUCUUGAGUUCUGACUGUGGUGUUAGUUUUAUUCUCCUUCUGAGCUAGCCUGAAACAUACUCACAUAUUUCGUAAACUCUGUAUGAUGCCAUUGUUCUUAUAGACUGUUCCAGUUUAUACUGUCCUUUCACCCACAGCAUGCUAACAUUCCGUCUGUGUGUGUUCUGGUUUUACUUAAUGCAGACAUGCUGUGGAUCUUUGGGCUCUGAGCGUGAUGAAUUUCAGGGGUUCUCAAAACUCAUGUGACCCAACAAGUCAGCAAUGACAUAGGUUUGCUGCUGCCCUUUUAAUGGUAAGAUAUUGACAAAAGUGGACCAAUGUUAAGAGUUGUUUUCACAAUAUUGACGAAUGGUUAAAUAUUGACAAAACUGGACCAAUGUUAAGAGUGGUUUACGCUCUUUGGACCAAUGGUUAGAAUUGUGAAAAAGAAUACUGUAAGUGUGUAUGCCAUUUCUUGUGUUGUCUUGUUCAAAAUGAGAGAAUAAUGUUUUCAUGCUAUUGGCUUAUGUAUUGUAGAACUAACAUGUAUGUCAUGAGUUUUGUACCAUAGUUCUCAUCAAGCAGUGAAUCAUUUGAAAACUUGAUUGGGAUGUCAUUGUGAAAUGCUUUGCCUUUUAUGUUUAAAGGAGCUUGCACUUUUGGCCAGUACUGUCAGGAAAAAUGUUGCUGAACUGGAAUGCUAUAUUUUUUUAAUGAGAUAUACUAUUAAUAAUAUGGCCAAUGGCAGCCAUUACUAUUUUCUUAGUUUUUACAGGAAAGCUAUAGUAAAGUUUUACUUCAAUAGCAGGAAAGAUUGUGUUUGUUAUUAUCUUUAUUCAGCUUAUCAAUCAUCAAUUAUUUUUUUUUAUUGUUGUAAAUUCAUUGCAUUUUCAUACGUGGUUCAAGGCUGACAAGACUUAUUUAUUUAGUCGCAAUGGCUACUUUAGCCAAAAGCAAUGGCUACUUUAGCCAAAAGCAAUGGCUACUUUAGCCAAAAGCAAUGGCUACUUUAGCCAAAAGCAAUGGCUACUUUAGCCAAAAGCAAUGGCUACUUUAGCCAAAAGGAGUAGAAAAUAUUGGCUCAGCUAAAUGGGGUAGAUGAUAUUGGCUUAGCAAAUGUGAUGGAGAAUAUUGGCUUAGCUAAAUGUGGUAGGUAAUAUUGGCUUAGCUAAAUGUGAUGGGCAAUAUGGGCUUAGCAAAAUGUGGUAGGUAAUAUUUGCUCAGCUAAAUAAUAUGGAAAAUAUUGACUUAGUUAACAUUCAUUUUGGUGUUUUAUUUUCGUUUUUUUAAAUUUACAAAUCUAAAUUUGAUUAAACAGUAUAAUGGUAGGUCAUGGUAGAUUGAAAAUUUAUUUUGUGUCUGUCUGCAUAAAAAACUGCUUAAAUAAAAAAAAAAAGGAAAAAUUACUGGGCUUGCCAGCUUGUUGUCGGUUAAAUUUUCUACCAAGUGUGCCAGAAAAAAUGUCCUACCCGGCUCACUGUCGCUGGUUAACAUAAUGAGGAAGCUCUGUCUCACAUUUUCAUCACUAUCUUAGAGAAAUUUUUUUCACAUAUAAUUAUAUCCAUUAGAAUUCAAAUAAUGUAACUUUUAGGCAUUUGAAUUAGUCAUCCUUGCUUAGUAUCACAUAAGUCAUAGUAUCCCCAAUAAAUUACUAUCCUUUUGUAUCAACUGUGAAAACACUAUAACAAACAAAUAAAUUGACAUAAGAAUGAAACAUGCAAAUAAAUAACUGACCAAAAUGUCAAAUUGAAAUAAAACUUAAAACGUGUGUUUUCGUAAGUUUUUACAUUUGUAAUAUAAAAAAAAAGUGAAAGGUCAACACACAUCACCUGUCAGCAUCACCUUGCCGUUUGUCAUCCAGGUUUUGGUUGUUAUUUUUGAGUCUGUUUUGUACUUCACCUGGUAGCUGGUCCAAUUAAAUUCCAGCAUUUUUGUGGAGGAAUCAUAUUUGGGCUUAGAAGGCCCAGUACAUUCCUGUAGCCCUGGUCAGCUCAGAUUCUUGUUAAGCAAUUCAUCCCAUAGAUUUGAAGAGCUCUGAAGCAGACACUAGAUUUUUGCUGAGAUUUAAACCCGUUAUUCUCCUAUACACUAGACUAGGCUUGUGACUUGGAAUGGAUAUUUUAUUGUCAAAUGUUAAAGUUUCAUAGUUUUGCUCUUGGCUCAUGAGCCAGCAGUAUGGGAUUAUUUUAGUCUUUCAAGAUUUGCUUAAAAUUUACUUUUUUUUGAAUAGUGUAAACUUAGAUUGCCCGGUCUGUUUCUCCUGAUGCGCUGUUCCUUUUUUAAUAUUUUAAACAAAUGAUUUAUUUUAGUUCAUUAAAUUAAAAAAUAUAUAUAUUUACUCUACA